AUGGAGUCGAAUUUACCGAAAAUUACUCUUGGUGAACCUGCUUAUGUUAAGGCUUUUAAAUACUGGAAGCAGAAGAUUUACAAAUCGAAAAUAUCUGAUCUAAGUGCCAGAGACGUCGAAAGGGCCAACUUUGUCUUUUCCAUCUACGACUUUGAGGGAAAUGGCACAGUUGAUGCUGUUAACUUGGGAGACAUGCUCAGGGCCCUCAACCUCAACCCAACUUUGGUCACAAUAGAAAAAGUUGGUGGAACCAAGAAGAAGAACGAAAAGAAAUUGAAAUUAGAUGAAUUCCUUCCCAUCUUCAGCCAAGUAAAGAAAGACAAAGAACAAGGAAACUUCGACGAUUUCCUCGAAUGUCUCAAAUUGUACGACAAAGAAGAAAACGGCAAAAUGAUGGCUGCUGAACUUUCCCACACACUCCUUUCUCUUGGUGAGAGGUUAGCAGACGCUGAAACAGAAGAAGUUUUAGCCGAUUGUAUGGAUAAAGAAGAUGAAGAUGGCUUCAUCCCUUACGAACCAUUCCUCAAAAAACUGAUGGCUCACCUGAGAAGUGCUGUCAAAUUGAAAUGGCUUUUCGAACAACAGAAAUUGAACACCAGAAGUCAAACAGGAGUGUGUACUACCACCAACAUUCAUAGGCACUGCCUUUACCAACCACAUUUCAAAUACGCUGAAAUACAAUGUAUUUAUUUUUAA